UCCUCCUCCUCCCCUCCCUCUCCCAGUAAGUUCGAUGUGAUCGGCUCUGGGCCCUGCCGUGAGUUCUCGGUGCGGGCGACAGCGCUGCUGAACAUGGCGUCAGACGGGAUGAUUUUAACGAACCACGACCACCAAAUCCGGGUCGGAGUCUUGACAGUGAGUGACAGCUGUUUCCGGAACCUUGCAGAGGACCGCAGUGGUGUCAACCUCAAAGAUCUCGUCCAUGAUCCCUCCCUGUUAGGGGGUAUGAUUGCGGCCUACAAGAUAGUGCCAGAUGAGAUAGAUGAAAUUAAGGAGACACUGGUGGACUGGUGUGAUGAAAAGGAACUCAACCUCAUUCUCACCACUGGAGGCACUGGCUUCGCCCCGAGAGAUGUCACACCAGAGGCCACAAAGGAGGUGAUAGAACGCGAGGCUCCAGGAAUGUCUCUGGCAAUGUUGAUGGGAUCACUCAACGUUACACCGUUAGGAAUGCUUUCCAGACCUGUGUGUGGCAUUCGAGGGAAGACACUCAUCAUUAACUUGCCAGGAAGUAAGAAAGGUUCCCAGGAAUGCUUCCAGUUCAUCCUUCCAGCGCUGCCACAUGCUAUUGACCUUCUUCGGGACGCAGUGGUGAAGGUAAAGGAGGCAGCAGACGAGCUGGAGGAUCUGCCUUCACCACCACCACCUCUGUCGCCGCCUCCCAAUAGUUCGCCACGUUGCCAGACAGAGGACAAAGGUGUGCAAUGUGAGGAGGAGGAUGAGGAGAAGAAGGACAGUGGCGUGGCAUCCACUGAGGACAGCUCCUCUUCCCAUAUCACUGCCGCAUCCAUUGCCGCCAAGAUCCCAGACUCCAUUAUCUCGCGGGGUGUGCAGGUGUUGCCCAGAGAUGCUGCCUCUCUCAGCACCACGCCCUCUGAGUCUCCCCGCGCCCAAGCCACCUCCCGCCUCUCGACCGCUUCCUGUCCCACACCCAAAGCGCGGCUCCCCUCCUGUUCAUCCACCCUAAGCAUUGCUGAGGCCUCAAGGAGAGAAUUCAGGGCUCACCUGGAUGAGGUCAUCACGCUCAAGUCAAGGUACUCUACCUUGGACCAGCUCCAGUGUAGGUUGGAGGGGCUUAAAGAUGAUCGCAGGAGGACCUUCAGCUCUCGAGUGCAGUCACGAUGCAGCAGCAAAGAAAAUAUCCUAAGAUCAAGUCACAGUGCAGUGGACAUCACCAAGGUGGCCCGGAGGCACCGCAUGUCCCCUUUCCCCCUCACCUCAAUGGACAAGGCCUUCAUCACUGUGCUGGAGAUGACUGCCGUCCUGGGCACUGAGAUCAUCAACUACAGAGAUGGGAUGGGUCGAGUCCUGGCUCAGGACGUUUAUGCCAAAGACAACCUGCCGCCCUUCCCUGCCUCUGUCAAGGAUGGUUAUGCUGUCAGAGCGGCUGAUGGCCCAGGCGACCGCUUCAUCAUUGGAGAGUCCCAAGCUGGAGAGCAGCCCACCCACACAGUGAUGCCUGGCCAGGUGAUGAGGGUGACAACGGGUGCCCCUAUACCUUGCGGGGCAGACGCUGUGGUCCAGGUGGAAGAUACUGAGCUCCUCCGUGAGUCUGAAGACGGCACAGAGGAGCUGGAGGUACGAAUCCUAGUACAGGCUCGCCCAGGGCAGGACAUCAGACCUAUCGGUCAUGACAUCAAGCGUGGGGAGUGUGUGCUGGCAAAGGGCACCCAUAUGGGCCCAUCUGAAAUUGGUCUCCUGGCGACCGUUGGAGUGACCGAAGUGGAAGUCCAGAAAUUCCCUGUGGUGGCUGUCAUGUCCACGGGAAAUGAGCUGCUGAACCCAGAAGAUGACCUCCAUCCUGGAAAAAUCAGGGAUAGCAAUCGCUCCACCUUACUGGCCACUAUCCAGGAACAUGGCUACCCCACUAUCAAUCUUGGCAUCGUGGGAGACAACCCCGAUGACCUUCUAAAUGCUCUGAAUGAAGGCAUCAGCCGUGCUGAUGUCAUCAUCACCUCAGGAGGAGUGUCCAUGGGAGAGAAGGACUACCUUAAGCAGGUGCUAGAUAUUGAUCUUCAUGCUCAGAUCCAUUUUGGUCGUGUUUUCAUGAAACCAGGUCUCCCAACAACAUUUGCCACCUUGGACAUAGAUGGUGCUCGCAAACUAAUCUUUGCCCUCCCAGGUAGAAACCCUGUGUCAGCUGUUGUCACCUGUAAUCUUUUUGUCAUCCCUGCCUUGAGGAAGAUGCAGGGCAUUUUGGACCCUAGGCCCACUAUCAUCAAAGCGAGGCUGUCUUGUGAUGUGAAGCUGGACCCUCGCCCUGAAUACCAUCGCUGCAUUUUGACAUGGCAUCACCAGGAGCCUCUACCAUGGGCACAGAGCACAGGGAAUCAGGUGAGCAGCAGGCUGAUGAGUAUGCGCAGCGCUAAUGGGCUCCUGAUGCUACCUCCAAAAACAGAGCAAUACGUGGAGCUGCACAAGGGUGAGGUGGUUGAUGUCAUGGUUAUCGGCCGGCUAUGAUGUCAUCACAGAUGGACAGAGAGGUGGCGAUGUAUAAUGAGGGUUGGAAUGGGUGGUUCACGGUGCAUGUCCACAUAUCAUUGACUAUUCUGUAAUAUGCAACGGCACAGCUAGUUUUUAUUGAUUUGGAUAACGUUGGUCAACAUCUUGAUCACAACCUAGAUACGUAUGAAAAAAUUAAUUUAAAAAGAUUAUAGUAUUUCAAACAAAGAAAAUAUAACUUUUAAUGAAAAAAUCUAAUUAUAAAAAGAGAUUUAUUCUGUAAUAUAUUAUUAUGAUUAUUCUUAUUAUUAUUAUUAUUAUUAUCAUUAUUCUUCUUAUUAUCAUUAUUAUAUUAAGGAAACUUUGUUCCUUUCAUUGCAAUUGCUUUGUGUGUUCAACGCUAGACCUUAUCUAUAGAAGUAGCAUUUUAAUAGACAGCUGUAGGUGCCUGCCAGGACAAAAAAGAAAAUUGUUAUUUUCUCAUCAUUAGUGGAAAAAAUAAUCUGUUUUUUGAAAAUUAAGAAAACACUGAGGAAGGCUCCAGAUUUCCCAUGGUGCUCAGCCAAAUGGAAAAGGGGGCACAUCAAGGCCAGCUCCUCUUUUGAGCACCCAUCAAGGUGACACUUAUGUUUUUCUCUCAUUAGUAUGCAUCAUAAUGGCUUCACAAAGAGCUUUGCUUGUUGUUUAUCUUGUGAGUCUUGUUUAUGUGCGCAGUGCCAAAUGCCUGGGCAGGGAAGAGGUGGUGUUGGGAGGGGGAGGUAGGGGGCACACCCCAGUUGGCCCAGAUCCUGAAGCUUCCUUAGAUUCAUGGUGACCCCACUAGGGGUUAGCUGAACCUGGGAAAAAUAAUAUUUUAUUUGAUCAACUAUUUAAGAAAAAAAACUAAGAAAAGACACAGCUUAUUUAAGUGCUGACAGCCUUUUUAACCAACUUCACAAAAAUGUACAGAAAAAAUACGAACCAUAUUGUACAGAUAUAUGUGACCAGCACUCCUAUGGAAACUAAACUUAAGCAAUGAGGAGACAUUGAACAACGCUGUACUAUAACAUUUUCUGUAAUGAUAUGAAACUGAUGAAAGAGACUAAGAUAAUAAAAAUCCUUGAUGAUUAUGUAAAAAAAAAAAAAAAAAAAGUUCUUGUUGGGUUUCCUUUUUUAAUAAAAUAUAUCUAAUGAAAAAACAGUGAUGUUCUUCAUUGGUACUAAAUGUUUUAUAUAUGGUAGCUCAAAGGCUUGAGGAGUGCUUGAAUUUUGAAUGAAUGAUGGUUUUACCUCCUUGACCAACAACUGUCAAGGUCCGUAAGCCGAGAACCCCAGUGAAUACAACUGCCAAAUAUGAAUGUGAUUUAGAUAAAGGCUUUCAGGAAAAAAAUAUCUCAGGCAACAUCCUUCCAUAGCAGUGGUGAAAAAUAACUAAACCCACUGUAUUAAGUGCAAUUUUGAGAUACUUUACUUGAAUGUUUAGAUUUGCUUCUACUUUACAGCCCACUAAUAAUUAACUGAAUUUCAGAGGGAAAUAUUGUACUUUGUCCCACAUUACACAUUCUGACAGUUAUAUUUACCAGUUAAUGCUUCAGAUUAAGAUUUUGCAUAAACAUUUGUCACAUUUCAGAUAUGUUUGACUUUGUAGUAUGGUUUCAUUUAAUUAACUGUUUAGGACCCAAAGAGAUACAGUUGUAGUACAUUUCACAACAAAAUCAAAACAAAAAGGAAUACAGAUUUUUCUUCUUUUCUUGUCCUUCCGCCAUGUCACGAACCCUCAGCCAUUAAAACUAGUUUUAUCUUCUUACUUUUGUAUUUGUGCUUAUAUGAGGGUUUUAACACAGGACUUCACAUUGUAAUUGUGCAUUUUACCUUCUAGAAUUGUUACUUUUGCUUAUAGUGUCUGAAUACAUCUUCCACCACUGCUUCUACAACACACAAGAAAAUCAGCAAUAUUUAAAUGAAUCAGUGCAAACCAACAGGGGUUUAAACUCUUUGGCUUUCCAGGAAGGUAAGUAUUUAAGAAUCAGGAACUGGCAGGAGAGAGCAAAUGUGUAAAAAUGGUUAAACAUAGAGGUGUCAGAAAAGAUUAACCCCAAUAGAAAACACAAUAGAUAAAAGGCAGCUUCCAUCUUUGGUGAAGUUACUUCUGUGGCAGCAUGAGAUUAGACAGUUUCUGCUCUUCUCUGCAAAAUAAAAUUACUGUAGGUUCUAUUAAUUGGUUAUGAUUAGUAGUGUUGUGACAAGAACUUAGUUAAAUGUGUCACUGUGAAUGUGUAUAAAAUGUGAUUAAUAUGAGGGGACGUGUGAAGAUGACUGUGGAAAAUAACAGCAAAUUCUUCAUACUCUCAAGUGCAAAAAGUAUUUACUAGAAGAUAUUUAAAAAGGUAAAUUGUAUGAAAAAAGCCUACCUGAAGGUGUAACCUGUAAUCUGUAUUCAUGUAUAAAACCAGAGAUUAAAAUGAUGGGAUGUUUCUCAUGUCA